AUGCGCUCCCUGCCUACGGUCAUGACUCCAAAGGAGUUCAUGCUCCACUUUAUCCAAUCCCCAAAUUCCGAUAUAGCCUACCUGCGGCGCUUCUGGCGGCAACCAAAAGGGAUUGAGACGACCAUGGAUCUGGUUAGAUCAAUCCACCAAGAGCUUGCGAAAUCGAGCACGGGCCGCGAGGCAUGGGACUCAUUCAUUCAAGAAGAGGCCGUGCGGAUCGGCCUUACACAGGCUCCACCGAGAGGGAAUUACCCGAUGGGUUGCUUCCAUAGUUCAACCGCGGUUGGCAAGGGGUUUUUCACGGCAGAUGAAAUGGCAUUACAUGAGAGGGAUCUGACCGAGCGAGAUAUGCCUUUUCUAUAUGAGCUGGUUUUGCAGAUGCUAAACCGCCGGGGACAGAUAAAUCCUGACGAAGAAGAAGAAGAACCUGUCGUUGGCAAUGAUCAUGGAGGAAGUGAUGUGAAUGUCCAGCUUGAUGACAUUAUUGGGGUCUCGUACGAGUUGCAGCGAAGUGCGGAGGCCCGCUUUAAUCACCGAUCACGCAGGAUCGCUGUGACCAUUUGUGCCAUGGUCGCAUUUGGUCAAAACCGACGGCACAAUGCUUUUCAGCUCAACAAUGCCGUCCGUUUUUAUGCCUGCGGAGUCUCAGAUCGGGUCCAUGAGUAUCUCAACUACCUUGGGCUUUUGUCUUCGCGCAAGACUGCAAUUUCAGCUUUAAAGUCUUUGGCCAGGGAGAGCGCUACGGACUUCAGACGUGCAAUGACCAUCCAAAAUGGAAUCAUUGCCCCUACUAUGUGUAUCGACAACAUAGACAUUGAGCAGCGCAUCCAUCAACAAGCCAUCGGCAAUCAAACCAAGACUUUCCGAGGGACCUGGGGAUAUAUUCAUCUCCCCGAUCGAAAGCUGUUAGAGAAUCUAGACGCCUCUGAACUCGACCUGACGACUUUUAAAUCUGCCUUGAACAAAGUCGAUUCAAUUGUAAUUGAGCCUCACAUGUUCCUGCCGACACCCAAUGAGGAGCAGCACGAGGUUAAGGUCUGGAAAAGUCAAAUAGCAUGGGUUCUACAGAAGUACAUUGCCUUGCCUGCUGACAAGGCUUCAGCCAUGUCUACUGACCCGCCUGUGAUUGAGCAAAUCAGUCAUGAAGCGCCGAAUCUCCUCAUGAUGAAGCUCAUGGAGGCUUCUGACAACUCGGCCGAAGGGGUCGGUCAAGUCUUCCAGUCACUCAUCAACCAAUCCGGACUUGACGUGGAAGAGUUCUUCACUCGGCUCCAGCCGAUGGAUGGUGACCUUGCAACUGUUCAGAAUUUCAAUUGUCUUCGAUCACAGCGAGGGCCCAGCAAGGGGCCCCACAAUGCCCUGGAUAACAUAUUCUUCCAGCUGGGGGCAUCUCAUACCCUCUGGAAUGUCGGUUCAACUAUUUUCUCUCAUCAUUUUGGUGAUGCCAGCGAUUCAACCAAUUGUGGGGCCUGGCAGCAUCUUGAGGCCUUGGGUUUCCCAUCGGAGAAAGCAAUUCAAAAGAAAGACUUCACUUUGAUGAUCAACCAGAUCGAGCGUGUGUUUGAAGCUAAUAUCUAUUAUUGUUUAAGGGUCAUCAUGCAAGAAAACUGCAAGAAACCGUCUGAAGAGAGAAUGACGAUCCCAACUGAUCGAUGGAACUCAAUUAUCAACGAAUGUUAUGAUCGCUUCUGUAGUCCUCUAUCACGAUCAACGGCAGCUGCAAUGGACUGUCCCAAAUUAAGUAAUAAUCUAAUUCAGUUGCAUGAUUUUUCGACUGUGGUUGAAGCCAAGCGAUCAAUGAAGGCUGGGGAUGUUGGCCGACUCAUUCUAAUUUGGAAGAAGUGGUCCCUUAUGGCCCAGGCCUUAACCGGGCUGACCAACUAUUCAUCUUAUCUCCCACGGAUGGUCCUAUUACUCACUGUGUUUCUCCCCGAUUCCCUGAGCAAGUACUUGCGCCACAACCUCCUCAUCUCCCCCAGCGGCCGACCCGGGCAUUUUGUGGCCAAGGACUUCUGGCUGGAGAUCCAAAACUAUUGGAUCAAGUUUUUAUAUAAUCAUAGUGGCACUGGGACGCAGAUUGAUCGCUUGCGAGAUGUAUUCUCCCCAAACAUCUUCCUGUUACAACGCAUGUUUCAAUCGCUCAAGCACGACUGUGGGGCAAGACCGGUCCAUCAAACUCAUCGCAAUGACCUACCAUUCCGUUCACUGGUCAUGUUUUCCAUCAUGGGCAAUAACCGCGACAUAUUGGCUCAAUACUCCAAUGCGGCAAAGAAACGUAUCACAAAAGUGCUCAACACUUAUAUCAUGGGAAUCAAGAAGAUGCGGACCACUAUUUGCACCUCAGACAUUGACUUGAAAAAGUUUAAGAAGAAUCUAACAACUCAGACAGGGACUACAAAUGAACGAGGUGAUAACAGUUGUAGCUCAGAUGAUGAUGAACCACAGUCUUCUGAUAUGUAA